AUGGCAGGUUUUCAAAAUUCAUUAAGGCCAAAAUCAUCCCUCAUGGUUGACUUCCUCUUUCCUACGGAUGGAGAAUAUUAUCGGGUUCAGGAAACUAAGAAAAUAAUUCAACAGAGGAAAGAUAGGUGAUUUAGGCACAAGAAUCAGAGGAAAAAAAUAAAGGAAAGAACAGUGAAGUUGAGAUUUGGAAGAUUGGCUUUGAGAUUCAAUCUCCAGGAGUAGCCCUAGUUUCCUUCAGCGUCUCCACUCUCCACUCUCCAGCGCCAACGACUUUGUUCUUUUUGCUAUUGGGUUGAGCGGGUCACCCGCACACCCGCCCACAACCCACCUGCCACCCGACGGAUGCCUCACAACACAACCCGUCACCCACCCACAAACCCACCCACAUAACGAAAUUUUGGUCAAAUGCGGACGGAUCGACCCAAACCUGCUGGUGACCCGCCUGCAUGCCCAACCCUAGGGUUUAUAGGAUUACAAUACUAAUGGGUUUUGUACCGUAACCCAAGCUUAUUAUUGUGUUGGUUAAUCGUGCACUAUAGUCAUAUCACUUCAAUUAUUCGAUGAACUUUUAACAGUUUGAAUUGAUUAUAGUUCAUACAGAAUUUAAGUUAAAUCUCAUAAAUAUUCCUAGUCUGCCCUCUUCUAUACUAAAUUAUCAAUCCCCAUUAGACUUCCAAUCACCAAUUAUGUCAAAAUAUCCUAGCUGGGACCAAUCUUGGGAGGAAGAGUCACACAUAUUCAUCAAGCAAUGAUGAUGAGAGCAAAUUACGGAAGCAAUAUGGUGGAAUUGGGAGGCAACUAACUUGAUGAAGGACAUAUUAACUAAUUAAGAAGAGAAGAAUGCAGGAGUGGGUAACAUAACCAAGUCACCAAGUGCACUUAGUUAGUAGCAUGCACAAUUUUUUUUCUUAUACACGUGGCAUCUUAUUUACAUGGAACAAAUACACCUCAACUUCUUUACUUUUCUUGUAUUUCUCGACUCCUGCUCAUUCGCCUGCUCUCUAUCAGUCUAAUAACCCCACCUACCCGUUCUUGCAUUAGAUACCCAGAAAGAGAAUAAUAAGGUGAAUGAUUGGGGCAGAGGGAAUACAACUUAGUUAUGUUGUUCACAACAUAAACUGUGAGUAGAUACUCAUACGGUGGAUCUAUUGUCCACGAUGGCGAGGCAGGAUCUGGCGCCGGUUUGAGGAAGGUGAGCCGAGUGUAUCGGCUGGCCCAAUCCCACGACUGAAAGCGGGGCCCACCGGGCCCACAAAUUCAAAAACCAAAAAUCAAACCCGAUUCUUCCCCAGGUCAGUUUCUCCGCCAGACCACUUUCCCCUCUCUCCCGCUUUUCCCCUCUCUCUCACUUUCCUCCUCUCACGAACACAGACGAAGAAGAAGCGAACCGGCGGCGACGGACCAGCGAAGCGGCGGCGAGGGUGCAGUGUAGCGGUGGCGGCGAGGCGAUGUUGCAGACGAAUCGGAGGUGACGAAGGGCGGGGUUUCACGGCGACGAAGCUUGUGUUGACGGCGCCGACUUUGCAGACGAAUCGGCGGCGACGAAGGACAGGGUUUCACUGCGACGAAGUAGCGACGGUUGGUUUGACAGCGGUCGUUGAAGAAAGAACUACUUUGUGGACUAAGGUAACUGUCUUAUUUAUUCUUUGUUCAAAGAUAUUCAUUUUCGCUUCGACAAAUUUGAGUUAGGGUUUCAUGGCUACGACUUGAUCCGGGUUUUCCUUUUGUGGAUUUGUCUUUUGGGUUUAAUUAUACUUUGUUCAUGGAUAUUCAUUUUCGUUUGGACAGAUUUGAGUUAGGGUUUCAUGGCUACGAUCGGGUUUUCCUUUUGUGGAUUUGUCUUUUGGGUUCGUGGGUGAAGUAUUUAUUUUGUGGUAACUUUUAUGUCACUGGAUAUGAGUUCGUUCUUUUGUGGAUGUUAUUUCUGGGUUUUGUGGAUUUGCUUUGUGCUCCUUCCGAUAUUAGUUCUGUUCGGCAGGAUAUGUGAUAGACCAAUAAUUACACAUGUUUCUACCCCUAUUCUUGAGCCGUUUGAGAUGUCGAUUCCCGUAUUUUAGGCCGAUUUCACGCUAGGUUGUUCGUGUUUGUGAUAUUUCAGGUCCUAGCACAUGAAUGAAGGCCUGGGAACGAGUUCGGGGUCGAUUGGACGAAGAUUGGACGUUUGGCGAGAAGCUCGGAAGCCACACGCACACCAUUGCACCUCACACGGCCGUGUAGGGGCUCAUUUUUGACCGUGUGAAGGCUCGAUAAAAGCCACACGGGCAGCCUGGGGAGCCACACGGCCGUGUGGCCUCUGCCCGUGCAGCUUGCCUGUUUGCCCACUAAUCAAAACACCGCGUUUGGACACUCACACGGGAAGCUGGGAAAGUCACACGGCCGUGUGAGUCGGGAAUUUCUGGUUUUAAGCCAAUUUCGAGCCAAAGGAGAGAGAGAGCUGGGUUUUGGAUCCCAAACACCCAAGGGACGAACCCUAGAGAGAGAGAGAGAGCGACUUGGGAACAUUCUUGGAGCUAUUUUGGAGGAUUUCUUCGCCAUUGGAGCUCGGGAAUCAAGCUUGGAGAUGGAGAUUGAAGAUCUAGAUCAGAUUUCUGCAGUCUCUCUCUUCUCUAUGGAGUAACUUCCCUUCACUUAGGUUUUGAGGAACCCUAGUUCCAUGUGUUAGGAUCUUUCUUGUAUGAAGUUUUGGAUGUUAUAUUGUUUGAUUAUAAUCGAUUGAGGCAUGACUUAUUGAGUCAAUUGAAUCUUGAUCAAAUUCUCUUGAUUUCUGCUUUAACCUAUGAUAGAUAGAAUCUGAUUAGGUUAAGGGAGCUUCCUUGAUUGAUAGUGGUGAAUUGGUUGUGCGAGAGUCAAUCAAUUCACUGCUUUGUACUGGAAUUCAUUCCAGUAGUGGAGAUCUGUGUGAAUCGCCUUAGCAGUAUAUCCCGGUGAAGGCUAGUCGCCUGCCGGGUACUCUGUCUAAGAGGGCUUGGUCAACUUAAGAGAUUCCAAGCUAAUUUAGGAUCUUCCGCAGUUUAAUCAACAGUAGAUCAACCAAAAGUAAUUGCCUUUGGACCUAAUUGAGGAGCUAGGGGGAAUCAUACCUAAGUGAGUUCCCAACUUGUAAUUAGUAGAGUAGUUAGUAGAAUAGUUUAGUAAAUCAAUCCUUAAUCUAGUUUGCUAGAUAAUGAACUGAAACUGAGUAAUAGUAACUCUAGAGACCCGUGGAUUCGAUAUUUAUUACUUGUGUCACUAUACUGCAGUCCCUUUCAUUGGUUACACUUGGCCAUUGUUAGGUGUUGUGUCGUAGCGAGUCAAUAUGCAUUAUGUUCCUUCUGGAUAUUCGUUGUUUAUUGUCUGGGUUGUUGUUUGAUGUAUCUUGAUAUUGGUUUUGUUUGACCAUGAUAUCAGUUAUGACUUUCUUGGAUAGUUGUUUGAUAGGAUCUGGGUAUUUGUAUGUGCAGUGAUUUAUCAAUGGCAAGGACUAAAACAACGAAGAGGAAAAAGCGACCGACUCCACGACAACCAUCACCACCGCCACAGCCAGAGGAAAAUGAGGAAGAAGAAAAUGCUGAAGUCGAAGCAGAAGGAGCUGCACAAGAAGAUGCUAAAGUCGAAGCAGGUGGAGCUGCACAAGAAGAUGCUGAAGCUGAAGCAGAAGGAGAUGCACAAGGAGCAGCUCGAGGUCAAAGCAAGGCGAGGGAUAAAACGAACGUGAAGAGACAACGACGGAAUCCACCGCCACAACCAGAGAAGGAUGAGGAAGAAGAAGAUUCUGAAGUCGCAGCGCAAGUACCUGCACAAGGAGUUCACAUUCUAGGACAAGGCAAGCCAUGGUACAGAUUUCGGUGCCACACCAAAUCUCUGCUAGAUGUUAUAAAAUAUUGGAAGGAAGAGCCAAGGUACUAUGAAGCAUGCAAGAAAGAGUUGGAGAGGGCUGGAUUUGGAGGGCUAUUGGAGCUUCGUCUGGAAAAUGUUCCUAAGAAGUUGUUUGAUUCCUUGAUGGCACAGUUUGAUGUGCACACCAAUUCAUUCAUUUUCGGUAAAGGGGAUAACAAGAAGGUGCUUACCAUCGAAGAUGAGGAUGUUGCCCGUGUAUAUGGGCUGCCUAUUGGUGGUGCUGAGAUUGAUGUCGUUAAGUCUAACGACAAGAUGCUUGAGAUGUUCAAGGAGGAGCUCAACAUGGAGUGUACUCGUAGUCGAAAUGUAGAAGUUAUGGAUCUUAGAGAGGCAGCCUGUGGUGGUCCGGAUGAUGCACUGAAAAGGAGACCACCUGUUGCAGCCACGGUGAAGAAAUUUUUGUUGUUGGCUCUUGGUUUGAUGCUCGCCCCAAAGAUGUCACGACUUUGUGAUCUCGAUUAUGCAGAUUACAUGGUUGGAAGGGUGGAGGACAUUGCCUCUUUUAAUUGGAGUGGUUUUGUUGCCCGUAAUCUGAAGUUUGAGUUGUGUCAGGUUAAGGAAAACGAAGCUGAAUCUAGGGCUGGUGGGAAACAACAAUGGCCUCUUGGAGAUAUCCACUUCUUAAUUGUAACUUCUCCUUUAACAUUGUUGAUAUUUUUUGUUUGAUGGUUGAUAUUAGUUAACAUUCUAGGGAUAAUAGUUCAUUGCAUUCCUGAUAUCUUUUUUGUGUGUUUGUGAUAUUAAUAACCAUUCCAGGGAUAGUACUUCGUUUCAUUUCUGAUAUAUGUUUUGAAGGCUUUUUUGUAGAUCCAUUUGCUAGACUUCCUUAAUGUGAGAGGGUUUGCAACAAAAACCAUUCCGACCUGCAGCUAUUUGUUCGACCCAAGGGUGGAUAAUGUGUGCUCGAAUAUCCCCAAGGUAGCUGAAAAAUAUAUCAUGGGUCCCAUGUUGUUGUCAAGGGAAGAAGUGGGAAUCAGGGUCGAGCAGCUCGGCUCCUGCUACUGAUUGGUGGGCGGAUGUUGACUUGGAAACCCUUGAGGACGAUGAGGUAUGUAGAUCUUCUCUUUGCAUCUCAAAAUCGUGGGUUAAUAGACAUGGGUGCAUGUAGCGAACUAAAUUUUUUUCAAUAUAUGUGUAGCUUUAGGCAUUGGAGUCAUUGACAGAAAAAGUGAUGGAUGUAUGGGAAACAAGGCGGGAUAGUAUAUGGAGAGUCAUCAUUAUGCGCCAUCAUGGAAACAAUUGAACUUUGCAAUUUUCUUCGUUUUAAGUGGUUGUAAUGUUAUGUUAGGAUGUUAUAAUUGUCAUGUUGGAAUGGCAGAACAAAAGUUUGUUUACUUG